AUGGAAUGCCAUUGUACACCGUCAGCAUCUAACUGUGGGGAGAAUCGAAGAAAGAAGUGCGAUCGUGAUGUCUCUCACUGCUUAUUGUCACUCCGAUGGCAAAAUGAAUCUAAUAAACACAUUGAACAUAUCCAAGAUUGCUGGCAUUGGUCCCCGGAUGAUCCUGAUUGUCCUAAGGAGCCAGGACUGUGUUAUCUUUUAUCUGAAUCGAAAGAAGGGUUUACCAAUUGUUGUUGCAAAGGUCCUCUUUGCAAUGGUGUAGACAAUAACACCAUAAUAUCGCCGCCUCCCACUCAAGUCAACAGAUCCUUGCUUAUGACAGGGUUAGAUCCCUUUUUUAUCCAGAACUCAAGACCACUCGGAAAUACUCCACUACCAAGGCAAAGUUUUGAUACACAACGUACGAAUGGCUUCCUUACUCUGAUAAUCACAGCUCCGAUAAUUAUUGGUUUGUUUUUAAUCUUGAUAUUCUCCGUUUUUGCUCUAUUUUUGCCUCGACGUCGUGUGUGUCGUCUAAAACAGAGCAUGCGGUUCUCAUGGAAGCAUAAAACUUGUACACACUGCGGGAAGUUGUCUGACUUGUAUAGUCCUUUGCAUUGCUUUUCUGUGUGUACACGUGGUCAUACAGUCAAAGAUGAUAUUUCAAAUGGAUCAGUUGCUCAAAAUGAGUAUUUUGGAAUGAACAGUUUAUCUAAACAUCCAAUAACAGGUCUUCGAUGGUUAUCUAGUGAAUGUAUUGAGUUGUGCUCAUUCAUAAAGAAAGUUGAGUUAAAAGCUCACGGACGUUUUGGCCAAGUAUGGCUCGGCCGAUUUUCUUCACCGGAUGAUCAGGACGAUUUUAAUCUAAAUUCAUCACAAUUAUCAUUAAAUAAGAACAAAAAAGAAAUCGAUGUAGCUAUAAAAGUAUUCACGUCAAAUGAGAAACGUAGUUGGGAAACAGAAGUUGCACUUUUUAAUGUUCCAGGUUUGGAACAUAUCAAUAUUCUACAAUAUUAUGGUGCAGACCAGGUCAUUGUGGAUAAUUCUAUUGGCGAAGAUAAACUAGAGUAUUGGUUAGUAACAGAAUAUCAUCCAUUAGGCAGCGUAUAUGAUUAUCUUCAUGCAUAUGAUAUACAAUGGAUAGAUUUAUUAAAAAUUUGUACUGGUAUUGCUCAAGGUUUAGCUCAUCUACAUAUGGAAAUUCCAAAUCUUUCAAAACCUAGUAUAGCUCAUCGUGAUUUGAAUUCUCGCAAUGUGCUGUUAAAGUCUGAUCUUACUGCUUGUAUUGCUGACUUCGGUUUGGCAAUUCGUUUUGAGGCUGGCCAGUGUAUGAGAGAUGCACAUUUGCAGUUGGGUACUCGUCGAUAUAUGGCGCCUGAAGUGUUAGAUGGCGCUAUUCAGUUUUCAAAGGAUGCAUUUCUUCGUAUCGAUAUUUAUGCAAUGGGUUUAGUGUUUUGGGAAUUAAUGAUGAGAUGUUGUUGUGGUUCUAGUAAAAAUGCAGCAAUUCAUAUUACUAGUUAUUUAGCACCAUAUGAAAUAGAAUUAGGUCCACAACCAUCAAUGGAAGCAUUACAACGAUGGGUAGCACAUGCUAAACAACGACCUAAAUUUAAUCCACAAUGGGCAUCAGAUGGGGGUUUAUGUACAUUGUGGAAACAAUUGAAGAAUGCUGGGACCAAGAUGCAGAAGCACGUCUUUCAGCUGGUUGUGAAGGAGGAUAUUGGUGUCUACAAUUGCCCAGAUGUUCUAAGUACUACUACUACUACUACCGAUAACAUUAUUAAUGGUAAUAAUGAUAAGAGUAAUACUAUACCAACUCGUGGUAGUACUGGAUGUCCACCGACAAUUUGUCUACCCUAUUCUAUGAAUAUUAAUUUCUCUACACUUACAGAUCAUAGAUCUAAUAAGAUCAAUAGUGAAAUAUUACAAUGUAAAAGAAAAAAUCAAACAUUAUGCUUUAAUGAUAUAUUAAAUCGAACAGAAGAUCAAAUACAGUGUGAUAGUACAGAAUAUUUAAACCAAUUCAACCAAAUCAACAGAGUAAAGCAAUAG